CUCGAGCUCAAGUCAGUCGGUGCCAAAAGUUCCAGCUAGCCUGCUAACCUACUUGCGCGCCUGCUGUCUUCCCCCCCCGGAUCACGGAGUGAAGUUAACCAGAAAAGAAGCACCUCUUCUUUUCCCCUUCUUCCUGACUCCCACUUCCAUUCUUUGAAUCCCAUCCAAGUCGCAUUCGUGCGCAAAACACCGCCUAACAUGGCUAACAAGCAGGGCAAGAUGCAAAACCUCAUCAACUACCGGAUGAGAGUUACCUUGAACGAUGGCCGACAAAUGACAGGACAGAUGCUUGCUUUCGACAAGCACAUGAACCUUGUCCUUGCCGACACCGAAGAAUUCCGUCGUGUGAAGCGGAAAUCCAAGCCCGCCGCCGGGUCGACCACCGCGAGCCUGGUCGAGGCCGAAGAGAAGCGAACCCUCGGUUUGACCAUCGUUCGUGGUACUCACGUCGUCUCUUGCUCCGUUGAUGGACCCCCACCCGCCGACCCCUCCGCACGUUUGGGAGCAAGCGUCCCCGGUGCUGCCGCUGCGGCUGCUGCUACCCUCGCUGCUGGUCCUGGCAUUAGCAAACCCGCUGGACGUGGUCUGCCGGUCGGACUUGGAGGCCCUGCUGCUGGCGUUGGUGGCCCGCCCCCUCCCCCUGGUGGUUUCCCCGGCUUCCCUCCGGGGGGCUUCCCCGGCGCGCCGCCUCCGGGCUUUGCUGGUCGCGGAGGACCUGCUGGAGGACCUCCUGGCUUCGCUCCCCCUCCUGGAUUUGCGCCCCAAGGUGCUCCUCCGGGUGCUUUCCAACCUCCUCCGGGCUUCCAGCCUCCGGGCCAGGGCCGGGGCUAUCCUCCUCCCGGGUUUGGCGGACGGUGAUUUGAUAGUAGGUGGCGUGGCAUGAUAGCGUACAAUCUGACCAUGACUUCAAGCAUGGCAGAAAUCGAGUUGAACGUCGAGCAUGAGGCUCAAACCUCUCGCUCAUGGUUGGCUUAUGGAAGCUUCAACAAAUGAAAGCACAGCAUCCUCAAUUUAUCAGGCAAAGGCGUUUCGGCGUGUGCGGAUGCUCCUCAGAUAAGAAAAGGUCGACUGAAAACAACAAGGCUAGGAUCGGCGGAAGCAAUGGUAGAUAUUCUUCCAACAAGCACUGUACUAUUCAACUAUAAUGAGACCCAGAGCUUUAUUUUCUUU